AGCAUUCCCUGAUCACCAUGGUAGACACGUGUUACACAUAAUGAAAACGCCGGGCAUUGGAAUUUUCCCAAGAGGUAAGGGGCUUGUAAUGAAUUAAAGUUGGCUGCUCAAAGAAAAAAAAGGGGCUAUAGGAGCAACAAUAACAAAAUGCGUAUAAAUUAAGGCAUCUUUUUUUAUUAUUAUUCUUGUGCGGCAUCCAUAUAAAAAGAUACCCGCGCGCGCUGUAAGGGGGCCAAAUUGAAACCGUCUCGCACAUGAUAUGACUCUUCUGUUGGCGUGUAAUUAGAUCUUUGCAAAGCAAUCUGAUGCAAUACUCGUCACCCUUUGAGUCUCCGCCAAACUCAUAUUUUGUUUUUCUCAAGGAUUUUUUUAUUUUUCUUAAUAUCUAAAAUGUCAUCUAGAAGAAUUCUCCAAAAUGUACUUGUGCAGUCCAUGCGUGUCACUGCCAUGAGAAGCUUGAGAGCAGCUCCCGUUCUCCGUGCUAGUAUAUUGACUAAGGACGUACCUACCUUUACCAGACGUCAGUUCAACAGCCAAGCCAAUGAGUCAGAGAUCUUUAAAGUAGUUGACUUUAACGACAUUCAAAACAUUAUCAAACGAGACGGCAAGGGAUAUGAUUUAAUUGAUGUGCGCGAAGAAAAGGAAGUUGUGCAAGGCGCUAUUCCCACAGCCAAGAACGUGCCAUUGAGCCAAUUUGCAAAUGCAUGGACAUUAUCGGACAAGGAUUUUGAACAGCAAUUUGGAUUCGCAAAGCCUAAAAAGGAAUCCCAAGUGAUUUUGUAUUGUUUGGGUGGUGUUCGUAGUUCACGCGCAGCCGAAUACCUUUAUAGUUUAGGAUAUAACAAUCUCCAAAAUUAUAUCGGUAGUUGGGCUGAUUACGCUGAAAAGGUAAAGGAGAAAUAAGCCUUUUUCUCCUUGUUCAAAUAAUACAGAAUAGUCCCCUUUCACAAGAAAGAUAUUGUUUUAUUUUUUUACCCCUAUUUUGUG